UAUUGUCAUUUUCCCCUAUAUUCGUAAAUAAAAACAAUCGUUUAAUGAAAUGUGGCGAGCCGAAAAAUUCUGUUUUUGUUUGAAACUACGAAUUGGCUGCACAAUAAUAGCUUUUUUUACGCUUUUCCUCUGUGCGGUGCACCUGGUGGAGUUUUAUCGGUUGAAGGAUCCUUACAGCUCUGGUCAGCCGUCGGACUGGUUUAACCUUUUUUGGGGAGUUUUCCAUAUGCUGGCUUCCCUGUGUUUAUCUUACUCUGUGCUAUUGGGGUCUCCCCUACCAGUUUGGAGUUACAUAAUUAUCGAGGCAGUAUACUUGAUCUACAUAAUCAUAUAUGCCUCAAUAACUUGUGCACUGAAAGUAAAUAUGUACGUGAGCUACGGAUUAACGUGCUCAAUUCUUUACUGGAUGGUUAUAAUCAUUACAUCUGCUAACCAUAAACAAGGUUUUCCUAUUUGUGGUAAUUGUACAAACAUAGAAAACGUGCAUAUAAAUACAGGAUUUACAUGCCACUUCGAAGAUGAAAGACAGGUUGAGAAUAAGUUUGGAGAGAGAGAUGAUGAAUAUGCGCAUUGUGUACCAAAGGAUUACAUUAUUAAUGGUUCGUUUAAGAGCCAUUGCUUAGAUACUGGUCCAAAUCUCGACCUCCCAAUAACAGGUGAAGUCAAGAACUAUUGCUGCUUUUGGUCGCCGAAUUGGGGAUGUUCAGCUCUCAUCGGAAGGCAUCUGUUCGAUAAAAGCUCCGAUUACUGCGAUACUUGCAGAGGAUCUUGUUCCGAAUUGAAAUAUUCUGACGACGAAAAAUCAGGCGGAAGCAAUAAGGUCGCGGAAUAUGGAUACAUAAUGCCACUGCUGAUUUGCGAACUGUGGAUCUGGUGAGGCGGAGCACAAAGCUCUAAGGCUUAGAAUUAUAUUAUUAUUAUAUUUAUUAUUAUUAUAAAUAAAUCGGUUUCUUAAACAUUA